CCUUCUUCCUAGGAGGCCAUACAAGGUCCCUUCUCCUUGUGCAGACCAAGAAGGAUCUGGUUAUUGUUCUCUCCAACUUGUGGUGGGGGACUAAAGGGGGGCUUUUUUCCACAGGACCCAGGCUUCCAACCAGAGGAACACAGGAUGAACAGAGGGGCUCAGCCAUGGAAUUGGGCAUCAGAGACUUCUAAUUCACAGUCCAGAGACUUCUGUUCAGGUUCGGAUCCUGUCCCUGAAACACUCAGCAGUUCCACCCGGGCCAUGAGACGUUCAGUCUUGGUCAGGAACCCUGUCCACAAGGGACUGAAUCCCAAACUUGAAGAUCUGGACCACAUUUCUGAAGCCCCAGAGCCUGAUCCUGAAGACAUAAAUACUGCCUCAGUAGACAUGGACCCCAGCUAUGAAGAUCGAGAGUCCAUCUCUGAGGAUCUCGAUGGAGAGGUGAAAGCUCCAGGCUCUAGCUUGAGGAACCAAGACUCGUGUCCUCAAGAUCUGGACCCCCCUUCUUCAAGGGAAGACCUGGAUCCAGAUGUUAUUGGCCCUGUGCCUCUGAUUCUCGACCCAAACAGUGAGACCCUCAGCUCCGCUGCUCCAGAUGUGGACCCCCUUUCUUCCCAUCUUCAUGCCACCCUGCAGGUACUGCCCACUAGCCCUGCCGCCAUCCCAGCCCCAGCCAGCCCACCCCGGCCCUUCUCUUGCCCAGAUUGCGGGCGAGCCUUUCGUCGAAGCUCCGGGCUCAGCCAGCACCGCCGCACCCACAGCGGUGAGAAGCCCUACCGCUGUCCCGAUUGCGGCAAAUCCUUCAGCCACGGUGCCACGCUGGCCCAGCAUCGUGGCAUCCACACUGGGGCGCGGCCUUACCAGUGCGCGGCCUGCGGGAAAGCCUUCGGCUGGCGUUCCACGCUCCUGAAACACCGCAGUAGCCACAGCGGCGAGAAACCACACCACUGCCCUGUGUGUGGCAAAGCUUUUGGCCAUGGAUCAUUGCUGGCACAGCACCUGCGCACUCACGGAGGCCCACGGCCCCACAAGUGUCCGGUGUGUGCCAAGGGCUUUGGCCAGGGCUCGGCGCUGCUGAAGCAUCUGCGCACACACACGGGCGAGCGGCCCUACCCGUGCCCUCAGUGUGGCAAGGCCUUUGGGCAGAGCUCGGCGCUGCUGCAGCACCAGCGCACCCACACUGCUGAGCGGCCUUACCGCUGUCCCCACUGUGGCAAAGCCUUCGGCCAGAGCUCCAACCUCCAGCACCAUCUCCGGAUCCACACAGGCGAGCGGCCCUACGCCUGUCCCCACUGCUCCAAGGCCUUUGGGCAGAGCUCGGCGCUGCUCCAACACCUGCACGUGCAUUCCGGAGAGCGCCCCUACCGCUGUCAGCUUUGUGGCAAAGCGUUUGGCCAAGCCUCCAGCCUCACCAAGCACAAGCGGGUGCAUGAGGGUGCAGCAGCUGCUGCUGCAGCUGCUGCAGCUGCCACAACAGCAGGGCUGGGCCUGGGGCCUGGCCUGAGUCCUACAUCCAUGAUGAGACCCGGACAGGUCUCCUUUCUGGGUUCUGAUGGUGUCUCAGUGCUCCAUUCAGGCCUAGACCUCAGCUCUGGGUCCAACUCCACUCGCACCACCCCGGAUCCUGCCUCUGUGCUGGAUCCUUUACCCAAGCCCAGCUCCCAAGCCCUCUCUGGCUCCCCAACCACUCCCAGCCUACAUACUUCUGAGUCUUCUAACCCUAAGCUUGGUCACAGUGUUGACCCUGAUCUUGUACCCAGCCCCGAUCAUGAGUCUGAUCCCAGCCCCGAUUCUGAUCCUGAUCCCAACCUUGACCUCUGCUCUCCCACUCAUGACACUGCCAGCCCAGCCCUCCCUGACAGUGAGGGCCCAGAGUGGGUAAAGGAGCAGGGGGCCCUGCUAGCACCCGAUGGUUGAAGGGGACGUAGCAUUAUGGAGUCCUGGGGAAAGUUGUCUGUCAUGCACUUAGUAAAAUUCUUCCACUGCCUCCUG